UCCAUUCAGGAAAGAGGCCCGUCAGCUGUCAGCUGUCUCUCGGACACCGGAGUUUAAAGUUCUUCAUUAUAAUCCACAGCAGGAGGGCAUUGUACCAUAUCAUGUCCGCCAACAAUAUGGCAGAUCCGAGGAGACAAAAUAAAAUAUUACGAUAUAAGCCCCCCAGCACAGAGACCAACCCCACACUGGAAGACCCCACGCCUGACUACAUGAACCUGCUCGGCAUGAUCUUCAGCAUGUGUGGACUGAUGCUCAAGUUGAAGUGGUGUGCCUGGAUCGCCGUCUACUGCUCUUUCAUAAGCUUUGCAAACUCCAGAAGCUCAGAGGACACCAAGCAGAUGAUGAGCAGCUUCAUGCUGUCCAUCUCAGCAGUUGUGAUGUCCUACCUCCAGAACCCACAGCCAAUGUCGCCGCCAUGGUAACCCCCGAGAGCCAACCACAGAAUAUCAAGUGUAAUUGCGGAUGCCGGAGUGGGCCGACGAGACAGCUGAUUGGACCCCCUGGCCAUCGGUGAGGAGAAGCAGAGGCCGAAAGGAAGAUAAUUUGACAGAAAGAGAAGAAGAGAGAGAGAAAACAGAUGGCCAGGAGAGACGGACACCACGUCAAGAUGGAGAGAUCAAAUGGGUUUUUUUUUGACUGUUUUUCUCAUGUUGUUCUCUUUUUAACCUUUUCUAAGUCUUUUGGUUGUUGAUGAAAACUUUGAUGAAAUUUUACUGUUUGGCUGAUCUGUUGCGGGACGUCGUAAAUAAAGUUGUACAGUUUUAAAAAGGA